AAAAAAACUCUCAUUGGAUUUUUAAGAUAAAUCCUCUCAUCUCUAUAUCUGCAAAUCAAAUCCAACCAUUUCAUACCCAAUUUUCAAUUCCAUUUUUUGUUCUUUUUAUACCCUUGUUAAUUAUCCUCAACCAUAUAUAACUUUUUUUUGUGUUUUAUUAUAUGCUUUUUCCUCUGUUUUUUGCUCUGUUUUUUCAAUGGCUGCUGCUUCUGCGCGUCAAUUCUUUCAAAAUCUUGAAGCUAGCAAUGAAAAGAGUAACCAUGAAGUGAGUAGACAAGAAAUUCAAUCCGCCAUUGCUAAAGCGGUUGAGCUUCGAGCUUUGCAUGCUGCUUUAAUGCAUGGGAAUAGCCCUUCUCAUCUUAAAUAUCCUUCUUCUUCUUCCCCUGUUUCUCGUCCUGUUUCUCUCUUCUCUGCUCAAGAUUACCCUGUUUUUACCCCUAGUUAUGAUGAUGAAGUUUCGCCAGGGAAUCAUCAAGUACCAAAAUCAAGAACAUUAUCAGAAAAUUGGGAUGAGUAUGGAAUUGAAGCAGGGAGUGGUUAUGAAACUGUUUUAUCAGAUUAUAAAAAGGAAAGUUCGUUAUCAAGAAAAUCAGUACCUUCGGUUUUAGCCAAUUCAGAAUCACACAUUUGUCCAACUGAAGAUCAUAUAUCUGUCACUAGCUCUUCUGCAAAUAAUAUCACCGUGCUUCAGACGUCAUCUCCCGGAACGGAAUUUUACAAGUCUUGUAGGAGACAUAGCUUGACAGACUUUAAAUCUGCAUCAACUUGUAACAAAUGCAAGCCAGCUACAAUUACCUCGGAAUCCGAGAGUGUUGUAACCAAGAACAGCAAGAAUUCAAACAUUGUUGUGCCGUGGACGGAUUCACAUUCUUCGGUUCAAUCACAGCCGAGAAACAGAGGUGGAAUGAUGUCGUGGUUGUUUCCGAAGCUGAAGAAGAAGCAUAAUAGUAAGAAUGAGCAUUCACCGAAUUCAAACCGAGCAGAAUCUGAGGAUGUUUCUCAGGUUUUUAAGGACUUGGGGAUACUAUCAAUUGAAUCAUUGAAAAAAGAGUUAACAGAAGCAAAUGAGAGUAGAAAUGCAGCAUUAAUUGAGGCUUCGGAGAUGAAAUCUUCACUCGGGGAUCUAAGACAGAAACUCGAGUACUUGGAGAGUUAUUGUGAAGAGUUAAAGAAAGCGUUAAGGCAAGCAAAAGGUUCACAAAACCUUGGAAAUUUCCCAAAAAGAGGGAAACAAAACGACGGAAAUGAAGAGAAUUUGAUGCCGGUAAGCGAAGAGGUAAUGGUGGAAGGGUUUUUACAAAUAGUAUCAGAAGCAAGAUUGUCAGUGAAGCAAUUCAGCAAAUUCCUUGUAGGCCAGAUUGAGGAAACAGAUGCUACUCUUAUAGAAAAUUUAAAUCUCCUCCUUCAACCAUAUAAGCUCUCUCUCAAUUCAAGAUACUCCAAAACAGUAUUAUAUCACUUAGAAGCAAUCAUAAACCAAUCACUGUUUCAAGAUUUUGAGAAUUCCGUAUUCCAAAAGAACGGUUCGCCGAAGCAUUUAGACCCUCAACAAGAUCGUCAAGCGCAUUUCGCAUCAUUUGUCGGACUGAGAAAUCUAAGCUGGAAUGAAGUUUUAAGAAAAGGGACUAAAUUUUACAGCGAAGAUUUCAGCAAAUUUUGUGAUCAGAAAAUGAGUUGCAUUAUUACAACAAUGAAUUGGACAAGACCAUGGCCUGAACAGCUUCUUCAGGCAUUUUUUGUUGCUGCAAAAUGCAUAUGGCUGCUUCAUUUGCUUGCUUUUUCAUUCAAUCCGCCAUUGGGAAUCUUACGGGUUGAAGAAAAUAGAAGCUAUGAUCCACAUUAUAUGGAAGACAUGUACAUGGAUAGACAAAAAUCACAUGGUUUAAGCAGAGUUAAGACGCUGGUAAUGCCGGGAUUUUAUGUUCAGGAUAGGGUUUUAAGGUGUAAGGUUAUUUGUAGGUACAAUAAUAAGUCUUCUGCAGCUUAAUUGUAGUUCUUUUAGGAUAUGCAAAUUUCUUGUUGAGUUGUAAUGCUGACAAUCUUGAGAUGUGGACUAGUUGAAGUCUCUUUUGAGCUAACAUCAGUCCUCUAGAAGAAGAAUUGUAUAUUUAUGAAAAUUGAAUCAUUUCGGGUCAUAAAUUUA